CGCCUCAGAUACACCAACGCUCAUGGACGGUCCCUGAUGUCCCACCUCUCCUGUGUAGGACCCACCUGACUGAGGUGCAAGCCGAAGCGUCCAGAUUCACAGAGAGCUGCUGCAGCGGAGAACCGGUACUUAAAGCAAUCCCAGCAGCCCCUGCACUACUGAGAGACUGAGCAAUUGCUGGACCAAUCAGAAGAUGGACUAACCUUUUUCAAACUUCAUCAGCUCCUCAUCUCCCCUCUCAUUACCCACCUGUUGGGCCCCUGAGGGCCCUCAGGCAGCAGGUGCGAUGCCGGGCAACAAGCAGAAUGCCAGGCACCCGCUGUGGGGCCUCCUGUCACCGUUCCGCACUCGCCAGGAGCGAGUGGUGCUGGCCCGCAGUGAGAGCCUACCAGGGGAGCAGGUGCUGAAGAUCACGGUCACAGAGACCACAGUGAUCGAGGCGGAGUCCGGGGUGUGGAACUGGCGCUCCCUGACUUACUUGGGCCUCUGGUACUUCUUCAGCUUCUGCACCCUGUUCCUCAACAAGUACAUCCUGUCACUGUUGGAGGGGGAACCCAGCAUGCUGGGUGCUAUUCAGAUGCUCUCCACCACAGUCAUUGGCUGCCUGAAGAUGUUCGUCCCCUGUUGCCUGUAUCAGCAUAAGUCAAGAACUGAGUAUCCCCCCAACUUCGUCAUGAUCAUGUUAUUUGUUGGACUCAUGAGGUUCACCACAGUGGUUCUGGGAUUGGUGAGUUUGAAGAAUGUGGCGGUGUCAUUUGCAGAGACAGUGAAGAGCUCAGCACCCAUCUUCACUGUCAUUAUGUCCAGACUGAUCCUCGGAGAGUACACAGGGCUGUGGGUGAACCUGUCCCUGUUCCCUGUCAUGGCCGGCCUGGCCCUCUGCACAGCCACGGAGCUCAGCUUCAACAUGCUCGGCUUCUCCGCCGCUCUCUCCACCAACAUCAUGGACUGUUUGCAGAACGUAUUCUCCAAAAAGCUGCUAAGUGGAGACACAUACAAGUUCAGCCCUCCAGAGCUGCAGUUCUAUACCAGUGCAGCAGCAAUCAUUAUGCUUAUACCUGCCUGGGUAUUCCUCUUGGACAUUCCAGUGAUUGGGAAGAGCGGGCGGAGCUUCAUCUUCAGCCAAGACAUUGUCCUGUUGCUGCUUUUCGACGGCGGCCUGUUCCACCUGCAGAGUGUCACCGCCUAUGCUCUCAUGGGACGGAUUUCCCCUGUUACCUUCAGUGUUGCCAGUACUGUCAAGCACGCCCUGUCAGUGUGGCUGAGCAUCAUCGUGUUCAAUAACCACAUCACCAUCCUCAGCGCCACCGGCACUGUCCUCGUGUUUAUCGGAGUCUUCUUGUACAACAAGGCCAGGCAGAUCCAGAGGGAAACCUUACAGGCCAUGGCUGCUGAGCAGAACCACAAACCACUACUGCAGGACCAGGACUUCCAAGCUUCUCAGUCUCACUGAGGACUCAGCACUUAGAGGAUUAACAAGCUGCUUGAAAUGGGAUCAAGGUAUCAACAAAAUUCAGUUUGCUUACCUGUGACUGUCCCGACGAGUUGACUGGAUAUUUUCUUGUUCCUCACUGUGCACACAUUCCAGUUCAACAGGUCCCACUAACUUUUUUUUUUUUUGUUCCCAGUUUCCUUUCAGUGUCACUGUCAUGUCUUAGAGCUUAAAGCAAACUUUGGUGACUGACCUGGUAAAGGUCACUGCUUGACCAAGCGUCACCACUCCUGUGGAACAUUAUACACAGUAUUUUCUUUAUCCUGAUGACUUUACUUACUCCUUGAUCCUUUGUCUAAUUUUGUUCCGUACAAGAGGAAGCUCAGGGUGUCCUUCAGCUUUUUGAAGGAAGUAAGCUUUUUGUCUUACAUCUGCAUUCCAGAGUGCGCUGGUUUAUCUCUCAUAUGUGGUACAGCAGCUGCUGAAUGUAUGUUAUUGUGAAUAUCUGUGGAACAUUGAAGCAGUAAGAUUUUAAUUUGUGAUGGUGAAACCUACACUGUAUCAUACAAUGUAAAGAUUUCUCUUCAUUGCAUCUGAAUACGAGAUGUGAAUCGGGCACAAGCGCCUGAGAUGUUCGGAGGCUCGUCCAGCCAAAGCUGAGACCGGCCGUGUGACACAUUGGUGAACAAUGUGUGGAACACUUGAAAGCCACAUACUGCAUUCUACGAAUGCUCAUCGUCUAUCACAAGCUGUUGUUGCUGUAUAUAGAAAUUUAUUUACUGUUUUUGUUUUUGGGUUUUUUUUUGCGAACUGACUCACCCCCAGUGCAUGCUGGGAUAGCAGCCUGGCAACCCUGAUCAGGAAAAGAGGCUACAAAAAUGAAUGGGUGAACGCUUUUACAAUAUUAAAGGAAAAACAGGUUUAUUACAAGUUGGGUUUUGUUUUUGUUGUUCAGCCCAUUGGCUUGGAUCGGUGAUGUCUGACAGUCAGAUGCUCAAACAACACCCCAAGUUAGUAAAAUAAAAAGGUUAAUGGUAAAAUGAAUAUACAAACAUAUACAAACCAAACUUUCUGGUUCAACUGUGACCGACUGCACUUACUAUAGUUGUUUGCUAUGCUUCUUGUGCAAGGAGGGAUUAUUAGAGACAUUACAGACGUAUACACGUUUGAUUUUACCCCCAAGUAAAGUGGUAAACUCAGUAUCAGUCGUCUGAUUUAUUGAUUGCCCCGUUGGAUCUAUUUUAUCAGUGUCACUGUGUUCAAAGAGCUCAGGUGAUUGCUGUGUUAUCAUAUACAAAUAUAAAACCUAACUUGUAAUAAACCAGUUUUCUUGUAAACGUAAAAGCUUCAUGACACUUGCUUUAAAACAGGUUCAAAGCCCUGUCAAUUUCUACUUGUAGGAUUUAAUGUAAAACCCAUCUCUAUGGGCUCUCGUAGCUACUUCAAAACAAACAACAUACAUCAGCUGUUCAUGAGUAAGUUCACAAAUACACAUUCACUAAGUGUUGCCACUGCUUCCCUUUCUGUCCUUGCUGAGUCUCACUUCAGCAUCUGUGGUGAAAGUGAAGCUUCUUUCAGAGAGGCCUUUCUUCUAUAGAAACACAUCAGUGCCACAUCUCGCCAAAAACAGUCUCCUACUCUGCUCAUGCGUGUGUCCAGGCUCCUUUUCCUGUCUUCAGAGGUCAGUGACUGACAAAGUCCAUCAGGUGUCUGAUAGGACAAAUCUGUGUUAAUCAUUGUCUGAUAGCCACAUGUUUGUUUUUGAAAGCAUUUUUGUAAAGCUUUAUGCUUGCUUUACUUUUUUUGUGCCACAAAAAGAAGUUUUCUUUUUCUUGUCUGACUUGCACGUUUUUUGGACUAUGAUUAUGUUGACUAUGAUUUAAUGUUGAUUCCCUACGAAUAUAUCUUUUCACACUAAUCUUCCAUAUUAAGUCUUUGUAGUGCUGCUUCAAGAGGCAAGUUCAAACAAGUUCAUGCAGAGUUUUUCUGGUUAUUUGUAUCAUCAAAGGCUCAUAAGUGGAAAGAGCUGAGGUCGGACAGAGCAGUUAUGAUCUGUAUGUUUGGGAACAUGCAAAGAUAUUCAGCGAUGUAACUCCUUAGUGAGGAUGUCAUGGUGUUCGGUGGACACUGUGCAGAAAAUAAAAGUAUUUUUUCUUGA